CUUUUGAAUAAUAAAAGUUUGUUUACACUGUUAUAUAGACGUACAUUAUUUAAUAUUUUUAUGGAAAUCCAUUAAUCUCGGAUCUCAUCUUCCUUCCGUAAAAUUUUAUCGGUAUUAGUUUUGAAACCCAUAGCAAUGUUAAGACUGAGUUUUUUCGAUUUAUUUUACAUUUUUACAAUUAUAUGAUGAUCGAACAAGUUUGACCGAUGAAUAUAAUAUUACUGAAUGACUAUUGACUACCUGAAUUAGUGUAUUAUAUUCUCGUGAAUUAGACAACUAAUUCCACCAUCAUGUCUGAGAAAAAAGCCAAAAACAAUGCCGAUUGGAAGAAACGUGUAAAAGCCGAGUAUUUCAGAUUACUGCAAGCCAAAAAAACAAAGAAAGACGAUGACAAUGUAUUGGCAUGCAUAAAUAAUCAAAAGAAGCUCUAUGAUAAAAAAGCGGAAGAACUCAAACGAUUGUUGUCUAGAAAAGCGGUUUGGGAAUGUCGACCAUACAUAGAAACAGUAUCAAGAUCUAAAAGGUCAGAAGUAUCUAAAGUGGAUGGUAUUGGCGAAGAAACUAUGAGCGUUCCAAUUAAGAUAAUUAAUGCUGUAGCACCUAUACCUACUAUGUACAUCUGGGCACCGAUUCAGCAGAACUUUAUGGUGGAUGAUGAAACUGUACUACAUAAUAUCCCAUACAUGGGGGACGAGGUACUUGAUCAAGAUGGUUCUUUUAUUGAAGAACUAUUAAAAAAUUAUGAUAAUAAAGUUCAUGAUGAUGAUGCUGCAAACUUUCUAGAUGAUCAGGUGUUUGUUGACUUAGUCCAUGCACUCAUACCAUUUCAGCAAGAAGAAGAUAAAGAACAACAAAGUUUAUUGACACCAAAAAUGGUGAUAAAAAACAGUAAAGACGAUAGGCCGUUUCCAAGUAUGGCUAUAUUUGAAGCCAUGUCAGCUGCAUUCCCUGAUAAAGGUUCUCCUGAAGAAUUCAAAGAAAAGUAUAUUGAAUUAACAUCUUGUGUUGACCCUAAUGCGCAGCCUUCUCAAUGCACUCCAAACAUUGAUGGACCUAAAGCUGAAUCUGUGCCCAAAGAGCAAACUAUACAUUCAUUUUUAAAUUUGUUUUGUAGAAGAUGUUAUAAAUAUGAUUGUUUUUUGCACAAACUUAAAGAACAUGAUUCAGGUACUAAUUUACCAAUUGGCUUAAAAGGACCUUUAUUAAAACCAUUUUCCUCUCACUGUAGUCAAGAUUGUUAUAUGUUACUUGAUGGAAUGAAAGAAAAAUUAGCUGCUAUUGCAGAAAUCAAAGCUGAAAAGCAAAAACAAGCUGAUAGAGAUGAAGAAACAAAUAGAUCUGGGUCUACUACAAUUUCAAGUAAUACGAAAGAGUUGUCACCACAGAAUGAAAAUAACGAGAAACCUGUUGGUUCUGUUAAGUUGUCAAAAAAAGAUAGCUCUGAUUGGGGUAAUGAUGCUAGUUCUGAAGAUAGCAGAGAUAGCAGUAAAGACGGUGAAUUAGACAUGGAAGAUCCAUUAUCAACAAAAACAUCUUUCUCUUUACUUCCACGAAUGAGUACAGAAGAUAAACAAGUGUGGACUGGAUCAGACCAAUCGAUUUUUCGUGCACUUCGUCGUACAUUCCUGAAUAAUUAUUGUGUCAUUGCUCAGAUGAUGUUAACAAAAAGUUGUCAGCAGGUUUAUGAGUUUGCACAAAAUGAAAAUGAUGAAGUUACUGUUGAAGAAGCUAUUAGUGAAUUAACUCCGCCUAGAAAAAAAAAGAAAAAGUUACGUUUAUGGCAAACACAUUGCCGAAAAGUACAACUAAAGAGAGACUCUGCAUCAAAUCAUUUAUACAAUUAUACGCCAUGUUCUCACCCACCAAAUCAAGGAUGUGAUGCAACUUGUCCAUGUGUAAUGGCACAGAAUUUCUGUGAAAAAUUCUGCAAAUGUAGUUCAGAUUGUCAAAAUCGUUUUCCGGGUUGUCGGUGUCGUGCUCAAUGCAACACAAAACAAUGUCCUUGUUAUUUAGCUGUUCGUGAAUGUGAUCCAGAUUUAUGUUUAACUUGUGGUGCCGAUCAGUUUAAUUUAGAAAAUAUAACAUGUAAAAAUGUCAGUGUGCAAAGAGGCCUCCGUAAACACUUAUUAAUGGCGCCUUCAGAUGUUGCCGGUUGGGGUAUAUUUUUGAAGGAUUCUGCACAAAAGAAUGAAUUUAUAUCUGAGUAUUGUGGAGAAAUUAUUACUCAAGAUGAAGCUGAUCGACGUGGAAAAGUUUACGAUAAAUACAUGUGUAGCUUUUUAUUUAAUUUAAACCAUGAUUUUGUUGUUGAUGCUACACGGAAAGGAAAUAAAAUAAGAUUUGCCAAUCAUUCAAUUAAUCCAAAUUGCUAUGCUAAAGUUAUGAUGGUAAAUGGUGAUCAUAGAAUUGGUAUAUUUGCUAAACGUCCUAUACAACCUGGCGAAGAAUUGUUUUUUGACUACAGAUAUGGACCUACUGAGCAACUUAAAUUUGUUGGAAUUGAAAGAGAAAUGGAAUUUUUACCUUAAGUUUUAUAAAAAAGAUAAAUUUUCAUUGAUUUUAUCAAUCACCAAUCUCAUGGCAUGUAUGUUAUAAAAUACACAAACUAUUUACAGUAUUUAGCGCUAAAUAAGGAAUAAUUAAUAAAUUAUUAAAAGUAUGCAUAUUAUAAUUUAAUUAUGUUGUACUUAGUUAAUUUAGACAAAUAAUUAAUAAUCUAUUUAUGCUAAAUUAAAAUAAUUCAUAAUUUUAAAUAGCUUAAAUAGCUUGUUAUAUUUUGUAUAACAAUUUUAUUUAAUAAAAACUUUAUUUAUGUAUGUAUUAGUUAAUUAUACAACCAAAUUAAACUGCACCAAUAAGUAUUUUAUCUAUUUUUUUAAAAAAAAAUUUCACUGUAGUUAAUUCAAGUUUUCUUGCUGUUAAAUAUUUGUAGAUAAAACUGUAAUAGUAUAAUGUAAGUUUAAGUUGUGUAACUAUUAUAGUAUAGUAACAUAAAAAAAAAAAAUAUUUUCAUUGACAGUUUUAAAUUGAUGAUUGUACAAACCAGAAUUUAAAUACGUAAUAUUACUUAUUUAAUACCAAUAAGUUAACUAAUUUUAUUACAGUAAGUUGGUUUUGACCUUUUUUAGGUGUACUCAAUUUAGUAAAUUAUAUAUGUUGUAGUAUUUUAAACAAUGUCUUGUUAUGAUGUGAUAUUUUUUUUAUCACAAUUAGCAUUGUAUGAGAAUGCCAUGACUAUAUUUUACGUUUUUAAUUCUUCAAAAAGUUUUAAACAAAUUUUGCUUAAAAUAACCUAAAAAGUUAUAGUCAUCAUUUCCAAUUAUGAAAUAAAAUAUUAAAAUAUAACUCUAUGAUGCUGAUUCUGAUGUUGAACCAAACAUAAGAUGUAUAAUCUAUGAUGCAAGUUUAUUCACUUAUAUUUUUGUUAGUUAAAAAAUAUUAGUUCCAUUAUCUGUAUACUAUAAUAUGUUUUAAAUUUCGAAUAUAGUAAGUAAACAGUGGCAUAUUUAUUGGUUGCGGGUGAGGUAGACACUUUUAUAAUUAUAUCAUAAAAAUAUUUAAUAAUAAUAAUAUAAUUAAUAUUUUUAUUUUUAUUGUAUCUUAAUAAAAAUUAUAAUUGCUUGAUAAAUCCUUAAUAUGUUGCUGAAUGAAACUAUUAACAAUCUAGUCCCUUUAACAAUUAUUUAUGUUGAAAAUUAAAACUUGACACAUAAUAUGUUUAAUAUUUUGUUCAUUAAAUAUAUAUAAAAUUUAAUUAAGUAGAAGCAGUAGUAUUAGUUAAUGUUAUUGUUAUAAAUGUAUGUUCAUUGAUUAUUUUGUUGUAAUGUAUAGAAACACCUUAUCUAUUAAUUGUAUUAAGUUGAGUUUUUUUUUAACAUUUUAAUUGUCUGGAAUUCUUCAUAUUUUUUACAUUUAAUAAGAUUCUUCUGUUUUAACAUUUUAGCGUGAAUACAAAUUGUAAUAGAAAUGUUAUUUAAAAAGUAUUAAACAAAUAUAAGUUAAAACUUUAUUAUUAUUAAAAUUAAGUCACAUUUUUGUGCAUUUUAAAGACACAGGGUAUAAUAUUAUUUCACUGCCUGUCCAAUUACCUUAAAUUUAUUUUAUAUUUUAUAGUUGGUUAAUAUGACUUAUCAACAUUUUACAUUUAUGAUUCCACAUAUUUUUAACACUAAUAUAUUUAUUAGAGGGGUUUAUAUUUUAAUAUAUAAAGAUACUUUUUAGAAAUUUAAAACUAAAAUUAAUUUAGUGUGAUCGAUUAUGGGACCUAAUAAUUAUUAUGCCUAAUAUUCAGCUGUAAAUUAUACUGUACAUGUAGACCGACCUAUGAUAAUAAUUUUAUCAUAAAUUAAUGAUGGCUAAGUUAUAGUUUUAACAACAUUAGAAAUAUCAUAAUAUUGUAUUUAAAUUAUUAAAAAAAAAAAUGUAUUCAUAAGAUUAAUUUUUGUAACAAAUUUAUUUAAUUUUAUUUACUUUUAUUAUUUUUAACAAGAAUAAAAUAUUGGUAAUACUUUAA